AUGGCUUCGAGGCAUGCCGAUCGAUCGAUUGAUGGAUUUAGUAUCUUUGGCUUGAUCGUGGUGCUGUUAGUUAUGAUCCCGGUUUUAAAACCGAUGAGAAUCCCAUUAGGACAAACCCUUACCCGGAUCUUACGUCGAACGGCAAUCAAAUUGCGUCUGAUAGACAUUCCAACGCCUCAUGAACCAGAUCCACCAAUCUCGGAUUUAUCAACUCAAGCUUCUGAUUCAUGGUCUCUUCCAUUGAAUUUGACUACAUCACCAGCUCUUGGAGUCCUCAUCUUACUGAUCACUACUACUAUAGAUGGUAGUGUGAUUAGGACUGGAAUAGUUGGAGAGGGGGAUAGCAAACCUUAUGAUGUAUUGGUCCUCUUUAUCAGUCUUGCUUAUAUUGCUACAGCUCUCGAUUCGACUGGGGUCUUACGUAGUUUAGCAUUUUAUGUAUCAAAUCAAUCAAAUGGUUCAGGACCUCAAUUAUACUUAAUCUUAUAUUGUUUCUUUUUUAUCUUUGGUGUGAUCUUUGGUAAUGAUCCGAUCAUUCUUUCUGGAACGGCUUUUUUAACUUAUUUUUUAAAGAAUUGUGGAAUCAUCAAUCCAACUGCUUGGAUCUUUAUGGAAUUCUUGGCUUCUAAUAUUGCAAGUGCAGUCUUGGUUAGUAGUAAUCCUACUAAUGUUUUAGUGGCUCAAGCUUUUGAUUUGAAUUUCUUAACAGGGUUUACCAAGUAUACCAUUCUACCAUCCCUAGCUGCUGCCAUAGUCGGAUACAUUCUACUUUACUCAGUUUUCCGAUCUUUAACCGUGCCAGAUACGCAUCCUAACUUAUCACCCACCAUCACCCAUGAAGAAACCCAAGCUAUUUCCUCAAGCAUCAUCUCAUUCAAGAAACUCGUCAAGUUAAUCAAAAAACCAUUUGCAUUAAUUCCAAGAGCCAAUUAUAUUCCAGAUCGAUUAAACCAACCAAGAGUUUCACCCAGAUCAGUUUUAAGUGAUCCACAAGCUGCAUACUUUCAUGGUACAUUAAUGAUCCUAACACUUUUGGUUUUGUUUGGUACGACGUUUGUGAAGAAUGUAUCGGUUUGGGAAAUCACUUUACCUGCUGGAUUCUUGGCACUUUUUAGAGAUUUGAUAUAUGAUUUGGUUUACUCUAAAGUUACUUUUGAAUCAUCAUCAUUAUCAAAUUCACUUCAGAUGAAUGAAAUUCAAGCAAAGGUUGAAGAGGGUGUGGUGAUGCCAGUAGACAAAGUUGAUAAUCAGAUGUCUCUCAAAACAAAUGGAGUGGUGGAAUGUCAUAAUGAACAAUCGGUUAGAAAUGAAGCAUAUCAAAAACAAAACCAAAGCGACGGUGUUGUAAUAAAAGAUGAACUAACUAAAGUCAACUCGAUCAUCCCAAAAGAAACAUCAAACUUAAAUCUAUCAAGAAGAUCUACACUUACAUCAUUUUUUAAAUACGUUAAUCAAAGGGUUCCAAUCACAUCUAGAACGAUUGAAAAAUUACCAUUACCACUCUUACCAUUUGCAAUUUCAAUGUUUAUUUUGAUUGCUUCGUUAGGAUCAUUAGGUUGGGUUAAAGUUUUUGCAAAAUGGUUUUUAAAGAUUUGUUCGAAUCCGGUUUCUACGGUUUAUUUUAUUGGAUUUUUAGGUAGUUUAAUCUUUUGUCCAUUCUUAGGUACGAAUAUUGGAGCUACGAUUUUAUUAGUAGAAAUUAUAAACCAUGAAGAAUUUAAAUCGAAUCCGAAAAUCAUCUCAGAACCCAAAAUUUUAAAAUCAGCAAUUUAUUCCAUUUCAAUGUCAUCCAACAUUGGAGCUUUUAGUUUAACUUUACCUUCUUCACUUGCUGGUUUACUUUGGUAUGAAAUCUUAAUUCAAAAAGGUAUCUUGAUUAAGAAAAGAGAGUUCUUUGGUUGGAAUUUAGUACCCGUUUUGGUUUUGGGAUUUGUGGCUUAUAGUAUUGUAUUAAUUGAAGUUUUGUAUAUUUUUUAA